AUGUCUUUAUUUUUACAUAUCAACUUGUUCUUGCUCAUGUGUUUCAUUUUGUUGUAUUUCUACUUUUCUUAUGCCAUGAUCUCUCCUCUUGAUUCCACCUCCUGCCAGUUACUGGGACAGUUUCAUCUAAAUGGGAUGCACAUGGCAGGAGAUGUGGUUCUGGGUGGGUUGUUUGAGAUCCACAUCUUUUCUGUCUUUCCUGACCUGUCUUUUACCUCAGAGCCACAACACCCUACCUGCCACAGUUUUGAUGUUCUAGGAUUCAGGCAGGCCCAGACCAUGGCCUUUGCUAUUGAUGAGAUCAACAGAAAUUCCAACCUGCUGCCUAAUGUGACUCUGGGAUACAGUCUUUAUGACAACUGCCUCUCACUAGGCAUUGGAUUCCGUGCAGCAUUGUCAUUAGCCAGUGGUCAAGAGGAGCAGUUCAUAUUAGAUAAGACCUGUGCAGGAAACCCUCCGGUAGUAGGGAUUGUGGGUGAUGCUUCCUCUACACGUUCCAUUGCCAUCUCUGCUGUCUUAGGUUUGUACCGAGUACCUAUGGUGAGUUAUUUUGCCACAUGUUCGUGCCUGAGCGACCGGCAGAAGUUCCCAUCCUUUUUUCGGACGAUCCCAAGUGAUGCUUUCCAGGUGCGUGCUAUGAUUCAGAUUCUCAGGCGCUUUGGCUGGACUUGGGCAGGUCUGCUGGUCAGUGAUGAUGAUUAUGGACUCCAUGCUGCCCGAUCCUUCCAAUCUGACCUGGCUCAGUCUGGUGGAGGCUGUCUGGCCUACUUAGAGGUUUUGCCCUGGGGCAAUGAUCCAGCUAAACUAAGGAGGAUUGUGGAUGUUAUGAGGAAAUCUACAGCUUGUGUGGUCAUUGCGUUUACACAUGAAAAUCUCAUGAUAAACCUCAUGAAAGAGGUGGUGAGGCAGAAUCUUACAGGCCUGCAGUGGAUAGUCAGUGAAGCCUUUACUACCGUGCUUCAGACUCCUCAGUUCAUGCCAUACCUGGGUGGCACUCUGGGCAUUGCUAUCCGUCGAGGACACAUACCAGGGUUCAGGGACUUUCUGCUACAAACGCGGUCUGACCUACAACACAACAGCUAUGGAAAUAUCCUGGUGAGAAUUUAACCUUGCAAUUUAGUUUGUUGUUGUUUUGUUUUGUUCUCUGCUGUACUGAACACACACCAAACCAUGACUCCAACCCGGGACUUUUGUCUAAUGUAACACCCCUAUUUUCAAUACAUUUCAGGUAAAAAAGUUUUGGGAACACACAUUUCAGUGUAGAUUUGCACCACCUCAAGCAGGUUGGUUGGAAGC